UGGACGCUGUGGACAGUAGCUUCUGAGUCUCAUCAUUUAUGGUCACUACAACCGUGUCUGACCUGGCAGAAGUGAAAUGAAAUGUAAUGAAUGGGGAAUACCUUGACCAGCUCAGCUUGUAAACAAGAGAAAGCGUCACUGUAUUUGUGAACGGCGCAUACUAUCUGAACUAAUCAGAGAGAUGGAAUUUGACCCUCCACCUCCAGGUGCACCACCAACCUCUCCUACCCCCUUAACUCCCCUUACUCCCUCUAGUCCUCGCACUCUACCAGUCUCCUCUCCCUCCCCAAUGGCGGCCAAGCCCCCCUCCUCUUCUCCCCCUGCCGGCCCAACUCUACCAGCCGUGCAUGCCCGCUCCACCCCUCCCGUUUCCCCACCUUCCCCACACCUCUCUAGCCCCCCGCCCCCAGCUACCGGCUCCACCCCUGUAGUCGCUCCCUCCUCCCCGAAUCUCUCCGCCGCCUCAGCCACGGCUGCUCGCUCCACCUCUCCAGCGUCUCCGCCCUCUCCGUCCCUCUCCACCCCCAGCCCGGUGCCUCCCCAGCAGGGCCCGCCCACCAGGCCCAGCAGACCUGCCCCUCUGCCGGGACGCUCCCAGCUCAACGCGGCCCCGACGCCCAGGAUCGCUGCGGACAUGGAGUCACCUGGGGGAUCCCCGCAACGUGCGCAGCAGCCUGGGGGAUCCCCGCAACGUGCGCAGCAGCCUGAAGCUGAAACCAAGCCAGGUGAGGAGCUGACAUUCGAGGAGCUGGAGGAGAAGGCCAAGUCCGGAGACGCCAAAGCCCAAACGGAUAUUGGGAAAUACUACCUGAACCUGGCUGAGGAGAAGGAUGAAGAACUGAACAACUGCAACGCUGUCAGUUGGCUGCUUCAGGCGUCUAAAAAUGGGCGUAAGGAUGCAGUCAAGCUGCUCCAGCGAUGCCUGGCGGAGAGGAAAGGCAUUACUGCAGAGAACGUGGCGGAAGUGAAAAAGCUCUCCCUGGAGACCAAGUUUGAGCGCGCGGUGAGGAAGGCCGCCCUGCUCAUGUACUGGAAGCUGAACCCGGAGAAGAAGAAGAAGGUGGCUGUGUCCGAGAUGCUGGAGAACGUGGGGCAGGUCAACUCGGAACUGGAUGCCCCCAGCAAGCCAGGGCCUGUCUCCAGCUCGCUGCAGAAAGAGAGGAGAGUUCUGGAGACACUGGUCACCUCUGAGUCCAACAAAUUCAUUGGUUUGGAUGAUUUUGUGGAAACCACCAAAAAGUAUGCCCAGGGCAUCGCUCCGUCCGCAGAGCUGGACCAGGGCGACGACGAUGACGACGAUGACGCCAUGGCGGGAAAGCACCCAGACGACCUGCCCCUGCACCAGAAGGAAGCUCCUGUUGGUGAUCAGGGCAGUGAGAAUGGAGGCCCGGUGGCGGAGGCCCAGGUCCCAAUCGCUCCCGCCGAGGGGGUCCCGGGAAGCAAAAAGCCCAGCCAACCGACGGAGUCGGUCUGCCGGAAAAUGCUGAUGUCCCGAUGGGGUGUAGGGAGGAGCAAGAGGUUGGACAUUAAUGACAGCACAAUGCUGAGAAGUGCAUUGGAUUUUAAAACCGACUUUAUGAUUCUGAAGUACCCGAUCCAUGCCAUCAUGGAGAUUAAGGAGCACCUGAUCGACUGGGCGUCACGCGCUGGCCUACAGUGGCUGAGCACCAUUAUCCCCACCCACCACGUCAACGCCCUCAUCUUCUUCUUCAUCAUCAGUAACCUCACCAUCGACUUCUUCGCCUUCAUCAUCCCCCUGGUCGUCUUCUACCUCUCGUUCAUCUCCAUGGUGAUCUGCACCCUGCGGGUCUUCCAAAACAGCAAGGCCUGGGAGAACUUCCGCGCCCUGACCACCCUGCUGACCCGCUUCGAGCCGGGCCUGGACGUGGAGCAGGCCGAGACCAACUUCGGCUGGAACAACCUGGAGCCCUACCUGUACUUCAUCGUUUCCGUCUUCUUCGUCAUCUUCUCUUUCCCCGUGGCGGACAAGACCUGGAUCCCCUGCUCGGAGCUGGCCACCGUCGCCAUCUUCUUCACCAUCACCAGCUACAUGAGCCUCAGCUCGUCGGCGGAGACCUACACGCGGCAGGCGAUGAUCAUCGAGGUGGCCUCCUCCGUCUGCGCCAUGACCAGCCUCCUGCCUGAGCGCAUGGGCCUGCUGCGCUUCCUGGGCCGGACGUUCCUCUCGGUGCCCCUAAGCGAGUUUGUGGUCCUGAAGCUCAGCAUCCCCUGCCUCCUCUACGUUUACCUUUUCUGCCUGUUCUUCAGGAUAGCCCACUUGCGCAACUUCCGGGGCACCUAUUGCUUCCUGGUGCCCUAUCUGGUGUGCUUCAUGUGGUGCGAGUUCUCGGUGGUCCUGCUGCAGAACUCCACGGGCAUCGGGCUGAUCCGCACCUGCGUGGGCUACUUCCUGUUCCUGUUCGCUCUACCCGUGCUCACUCUGGGCCUCGCCGCCGUGCUGGUGAUCCAAGUCAUCAAGUGGUUCCUGGCCAUGGAGCUGACCAAGAUGAUCGUGACGCUGGUGGUGUGCGCCAUCCCGGUCAUCCUGAGGCUGUGGACGCGUUUCAGCCUCUCCCCGCUGGAGGUGUUCAAGUCUCUGUCCAAGAGCAGCGUGGUGAAGCUCAUCCUGGUCUGGAUCUCGGCCAUCAUCCUCUUCUGCUGGAUGUACGUGUACCGCUCGGAGGGCAUGAAGGUGUACAACUCCACGCUGACCUGGCAGCAGUACAGCUUCACCUGCGGCCCGCGGGCCUGGAAGGAGUCCAACAUGGCCAAGACCCAGAUCCUCUGCAGCCACCUGGAGGGCCACCGCGUCACCUGGACGGGCCGCUUCAAGUACGUGCGGGUGACGGAUAUCGAGAACGGGGCGCAGUCCGUCAUCAACCUGCUGCCCGGCUUCGUGGGCGACUGGAUGCGCUGCCUGUACGGCGAGGCCUACCCGGCAUGCGACCCCCGGAACGCCACCCUGCCCGAGGAGGAGCUGUGCCGCCUGAAGUUCCUCGCCAAGCACGACUGCCACAUCAAGCGCUUCGACCGCUACAAGUUCGAGGUGACCAUGGGAAUGCCGCUGGACAGGAAGGGCCGGAACGGCACGCUGGAGGACGACGACGCCACCAAGGACAUCGUCCUCAAGGCCAGCAACGAGUUCAAGAAGGUCCUGCUCAACCUGGGCAUGGGCAGCGUGGUAGAGUUCAGCACGGUGCUGGAGGGGCGCCUGGGCAGCAAAUGGCCAGUGUUCGAGCUCAAGGCCAUCCGCUGCCUCAACUGCAUGUCCGAGCUGGUGCCCAUGGGCAAGCAGUACAAGAUCGAGCCCGACUGGAGGGGCACGGCGCAGCGAGCCUUCAAGUUCGCCUUCGACUUCUUCUUCAACCCGGUCUUAUCUGCCAAGAUCGAGUAGCAGCACUACCGUGGGGGAAGAGGUGGGUUACUGUGUUACGAUGCCGUGCUGUUUGAAUGUACUGAGGAGUGCGGCGGGUAACCUUUCACCUUUUGUAUUUCACUACGGUAACUAUGUAAUGCCUUAUAUAUAGUGUCUGCGUCUCAUGUAACAGAGACGCACACUAUUUUCCACUAUAGUAAACACUGUAAGUAUAUGUAAAUAUAUUUCCCCCUAAGGACAAAUUCUAUAAAUAUACGAUAUACCUCUUCAGUGAAACAUGCGUAGCCAUUGGGAAUUAUUUGAACAUUAAUUUAUUGCACAGCUGGCUUAUUGUUUGCCUGAGAAAACCAGUACAGGCGUUCUCGCGUCUGCGAAAAGGAAAGGAACUUUGACCCCCAGAAGACGCAGUCGAUAGCUGUGCCUCCGGCGAUCCUGAGCUCCGGCGACUCGGCGGAGCAGUGAAAAACGGCACGGCAGCUGGCGCAUUCGCGAAGCGUUACCCACGCGCGGACACGGCUGUCGCGCUCUGUCACACUGCACCUGUGGGCUGCCGCGCCACCCCGGGGGAAGAUGAAUGGGACACAGGCGGAGGUACGGCCGAGGAGUAGCCACACGUGCAGUGAAGCGCACGACUUGUCUUGCGCUCCUCGCCAAGGGGGCCCCGUUGUGUGUCUGGCCUCGGCCCGAUUCGCAUGCUCCGAUUUGUCAUAAUCAUCUGGAAAAUGCCUGUACUGGAUAGUCGAUGUACUACAUCAUAAAUGAACGAGAACUGUUCAAUUUCUCCUGUGAGAUAUUCAUAUAUAUUAUGCACACACGCAGGCAUUUUUUCUUUUUUAUUUCCUCUAUUGUGUGACGCUACUUGCCAGUUAAUUCUUAGCUAUUCGUGGAUUUUGUAGACUGACGUUGACAGAAAUAUUGAGCCUUAAUUCAGAGACCAUUUCAGCCAGUUAAGCAUUUGUUUGUGUGUUUAAAAAAAAAAAAACUCUUUCUGUAAGUUGAUGUGAUAAAGGAAUAGAUGUAAAUCUCUUUUAGAGAACUGUGGUAUUGUUCCUUAUUCUUACUUUUUAUGAAUCAUUCAUGUGUUCUGUCCUUUACUGUGUGAGUAGAAUUGUUUUUGUGUGAAUGGAUUUACAUAAGCAUGAGGUCUGAACCAUUUCAAUGACAUCUAUGUCAGCAAAGUGGUGUGAGGUUUUCUGUUCAGAGCUGGAAUCUGAUUUCCUUCUGUGUAAAAACAGUAGUUCUCAUUUCGUGGUUGGAGAUCCACUGGUGGGUUAAGAGAGGCGCUUAAUAUAAUGUGUUCUGGUGCCUGUACUACAACUCAAGCCUUCCAUAGAAGUUCACACUAAUCAAGGUUGUCUUGACAUAAAUUAAAAUCUUAAAUCAAUACUUUAACACGUGUUGGACUACGUUUUAUAGUGGUGGUCUGAGCCAUUCAUUCUUUAAGUUGGUUGUUUUAUUGUGUUGGAAAGCCUGGGAAUCUCUAACAUGAUAUUUUGAUGUCAUUUCUAAUUCUGGCUUCACCUGUGGCUUUCCCUCAGAUAAUAAAAUAUAUAUAUAUAUUUUUUUUACCCUAAUUGCAAUAAAGAAAAAGAGAAAAAGUUCAGUCUGAUGUUAGGCGGGCGGGGAUAAGUCCUUUUUAAAGCAAAUUGAAAAUUUCGAGUCAAAAUGGAAUCAUGAAAAUGUAAAUGUUUCCUGAAAACAUUGCUGUACCCCAUCACUGAAUAAACUGUUAUCAGCCAA